AUGUCUGCUCCGGAGGACGUAAUUCUGCCAGAUGGCCGUAAGAUCGGCGACCUAAAGGUUGCUGAUCUCCGCACUCAACUCGAAAUAAGAGGUCUUAGUCGUUCAGGUGUGAAGAAAGAUUUGUGUGCCCGACUCUCAGGGGCUGUGGAUGUGGAAUUGCGUCAGGAAAGAGAAAAGUCUGAAACUUUUGAUAAGCCUGUAGAAUCAGAUGGCUCUCUUAUUGGUACUAAUAAUGUGCAAAACGAAGAUACUUUAGAAAUCGAUGCAGUUGCAUCAGAUGAGGAAAUUACCGAAGUGUCUGCAUCUGUCGAUGUAACCGAGGUCAAUGUUGAAAUUCCCUCGUUCACACAUGAGAUGGUGGCACUCCCUAAAACUGAAGAACCGGCAAAAUUAUUAAACAAUUUAUUUCGUAAAACAAUUGCUACUCCCUCUGUCUAUUGGCUACCUUUAACAUCGGAACAGGUUAAUCGACGAAUGAAAAAAAUGAUAGUUGAAAAAAAAUCCAGCACUAAAACUAUGCCAAGUCGACAUUCAUCCUAUCGAUCCGAUGAACCAGUCGUAGUAGUACAAAAAGCAACUCGUAGUCCAUUUGCUAAUUCUUCCUCUACUUCCUCCUCCGCCUCCGCCUCCUCUUCCUCCUCUCGUACAAAUUCUCCCCGUACUCGUCAUUCCCAUCGUCCUACUACUUCAUCUCAUCCUUCUUCCGGUCGUGUGACGACGACUAAUAAUAAUCCUAUGCGUAAACUAUCAACUACUACAACAGAUCAUAAUAGUUCUCGGGCAAAAAUUCCCGACAGUAAAUUAUCUUCCAACACCACCAGCACCAAUACAAAAUCGAGUAAUGAUAAUUCUAAACAAAUUUCAACUAAUAAAAAGCCCCUUUCAAAUCAUGUGUUGUAUGAUAGUAAACGUCCGCCAACAGAUACUACUAAAUCAAAAUCUAUGCGGGAUAUCAAAGCUGGUGGACAAUGCCGUGAUAUUGUGGAUGAUAACAAACAACCACAGCAAGGGCAAAGUCGAUUGUCCAAACCAGAUCAUUCAUCAAACAAUUCGAAUUCAUUGAAAGUUGACAAAACAUUGGAUAAUAAUAAUAAUAGUAAUAAUAGUCGUAAACCAUCGGAAUCAUCUCCACCUCUACAUUCAAGAAAACGUCGUUACUCGAAAACAGAUAGCGAUGAGAAAGAAAUGAUUUCUGCCAAACAAAGUCGUCCAAACAUCACAUCAUCAUCUGGUGGGGGUGGAGGUGGUGAUUCAUCUGUUGUCGGUGAAGCAUUAGCAGCUUAUAAAAAAAAUCAUACCGGAUCACAACAUCAUCGUUCCGAUCAACGUCGACGUUCAUCUAGCAAUCGUCAUAGUUCUCCUCCUAAUCGUCAUACUAGUUAUAAGAAUAGUUAUGUGGAAAGUUCACGUUUAAAAAGUAAGCCAGAUUCUUCUUCUAUAUCACAUUCACGUGAUCAUGGUCGACGUCGUUCACGUUCAUUUAAUCAUCAAAGACAUCGUUCUUCUCCUCAAUCGACGAAUAAUGAUCGCAGAGAUCGUUCUUCGUCAAAUCGUUAUAGAUCACGACGUUGA